UACUUUUCAAUUUCACACUUAAAUUCUCAACAAAUCUCCAACCUUCCCUUCUUCCUUUUCUUCCUUCUGUUAUCUGUCUUCUGUCUUUUAAGUUCAGGGUGGGGUCUUUUUCCUCUUCUUUCCAGAUUAGUAUUAGUAUUAUUUUCUAAUUAUUAAUUCACAUAUUAACUUUCCCUCUGUUGAAAAUAUAUAUCCCCUUGCUCCAAGCAAGACUACUUUUCAAAUCUCUCUGUCUCGACCACCACCACCAUCAUCAUCUGCCAGUUGAUCGAUUUCACAUUUAGCAAUACCCCACCAUGAAUUAGAGGCAUGAGCAUCAUCAACAUACUAUUAUAUUCAUCAUCCUUUGUUUCCUAGAUCGAUUCUAUUUUGUCGGAUGUGUUGCAUAUUUUUCAAAAUGAAGCAUUUUUCCAUAAAAAAGAGGAGCAGAUCAGGAAUAAUCAAAUGAUCAUGAUCAGGGAUGAUGAUCAUGCAGCAGCAUCUUUAACCGCCAUUUUCCAUCCUCAUGGACACUGCCUUCCUCGCCGAUGACUGCUCUCGUGCGAAUUAUGUUCGAGUUCUGAUGCAGAAUUUUGGCUGCACUUACAUUUGUCUCUGGUCAUAUUUGCCCCCUCCAUCCAACUGCUUAAAAUUCUUGGAUGGCUUUUACAAUGAAGAGAAAAAUCAACCAAGCUCUUCUUCGGGAACUAGUCUAGCUCAUAGGCUUUUUGAUGGGUACCGGGGAUCGUUAUUUUUUGUUCUUGACAACGACCAUGUUCCAGGAUUUGCUUUUAGGAAUAACUUACCCUACUUUCAUCUUCAAGAACCGGACCUUCAAAGAAUGGCGUCAAACCAAACACAGAGGCAAUUCUAUCAGGAAGCAAGGAUUCAGGCUGUAGUUUUCAUGGGGUGCAAGAGUGGAGAGAUUGAGCUCGGCUUUUCAAAUGAGUCCCAACAGGUUAAUAUAAAUAUGGAAACGAUGAAGACCUGGUUUCCUGAAGAUUUUGCCAGACAAUUAUCUCCACAGACGGAGAUUCCACCAAGGCCAAACGAUCAAAACAACCCUCCAUCAUCAUCAUCAUCAUCCUUGAUAUCACUAACCAUGGAUAGCCCGGAAUAUUCAUCCCUUCUAUUCAGCCUUCCAAUGAGCACCACAUCUUCUUCUUCUUCUCAAAUUCCAGAAACUAGUCAUACUGAGAGUACUUCUUUGCAACCACUAAUAACACCAACCAUGCCUCACCAGCAAGCAAUGCAAGCAUUUGCUCGCUUGCGGAACAUUCAAUUCCCGAGUCCAGAGAGCGAGGCUGCAGCCAUGACCAGAGCCAUGCUUGCUGUUCUAUCUUCACCUUCUUCUUCUUCUUCUACUUCACAUCAACCCCCACCUCCUAUUAAUUUACAACCUCAUCAAUUCGCUCAUUCCAUGAAUCCAAAAGCCAGUCUUUUCAAGAAAUAUGCUCCACCAUUAGGCCCGAACACCCAAAUAAAUGCUCGAUCCGGCAGCAGGCAAAGCAUGCUCAAGAGAUCAUUUUCAUUCUUUACAAACUUAAAUAUUUUCAUGAGGAAUCGCCAGCGCAUGCAAGAAAACCGCCCCAGCAGUACUCAGUUGCACCAUAUGAUGUCGGAGCGCAAGAGGCGUGAGAAGCUGAAUGAAAGCUUUCACGCAUUGAGAUCACUACUUCCUCCAGGAACCAAGAAAGACAAAGCUUCAGUGCUUACAACUACAAGAGAGUACUUGACCUCAUUGCAAUCUCAAAUUUCCGAGCUAACCAAAAGAAUCCAGCAGUUGGAAGCACAGGUUUUGCCAUCAUCAGCCAAAGAACUAGCAAACGGAGCUGAAACAGAAGCUGGUGGCUCCUCCUCCUCGAUUACUGAAAGAGUAUCAGUUCGGGUGUCACAGGUUUCUGAAUCAACGUCCUCAGAAGAAGGACAACUUGUAGAUUUGCGAGUGAUUCUAAGAACACAUCGUUCUGCUGAAGAUGUAGUAAUCCGGAUACUAGAAUUCUUGAAGCGAGUUAACGGUAUACGCUUGCUGUCCAUGGAAGCCGAUUCCCAUAUAACUAAAUCAAGUCCUACCAUUCGAGUGACCUUGAGAUUAAGAGUUGAUCAGGGGAACGAGUGGGACGAGUCGGCCUUCCAGGAAGCAGUAAGGAGGUUUGUUGAAGACCUUUCAAACUGACAGCUGGGCCAAUCAACAUCGAACACGAGCUUUUCCAUUCUACGUGAGCAAGUCAAUUAAUUAAUUCAUCAUCGCCGGCGCAUCGCUCUCCUCUAUGCUUUUCCUCCCACCAAUCACAUCCACUCAUCCACGCCGUCGUUUCAUCAUCCACAUCAUCUCUAUAUUUUAUUAUUAUUAUUAUUAUUAUUUUUUGCUAUAUGUUUAACUGUAGUGCCUUCAUAUCCAAUUUUGCACCCAUCUGUUUUUCUAUACACUGUUGCCUAGCCAUAUAUAUAAUGAUAUUAGUUAGUUUUUUUUUUUUUUAGCUUUAAAUAAUGAUAUUAGUUAGUUAACCAUACAUAUAUGAGGAUUUUCAUUUUCCCUUUUUGAAAUAAUAUAUAUAUAGAUGAUUUUUUUUC